AUGAAGGAAUACAUGAGAGGAAUUUUUCUGGUCACUUACGCUGGGCCUCUGGCUGCCAUUUCGUACUUCUUUGUAUGCGCAUCACGAGAGUUGGCCUACCACAACGCACCUGCAGUUGUAUUCUACGAAUCAAGGGCAUCUAUAAAUGGAGCACAAGAUAGUAGAAUUAGAAGAGAUUCACAUUCUACUGUAACAGCCGAUACGAGGAGCAACCGCGGCGACUACGAGCGCAACAGCCAGUACAGCCCCGAAAGUUUCAGGGAGCAGGAGAGCUGCCGCACCCGCUACGAGGUCCAGGAGUCCGAGCUGGACGUGACGAGGGAGAAACGGACGCAAAAAUACCUGGGAUCCAUUAUCACGAUGUACGCCAUCUGCGUGCUGCCCCUCAUGGUCAUGCGGCUGGCUAGAUUGGCUUUAGUUGAGACGUAUGAGAAUAGUCGCCAUUUUGACUACACUUAUGUCCUAUUUGUGUGGCUGGCAUUCCUACCAACUUGUCUAACUCCACCUAUGUUUGCUUGUUGGCAAAUGAGCCGGACGUCGAAGGAGCGCUUGAAGGGCUACUUUCGAUUCAGCAACCGUAAAAUGCGCCAAUCCAGCGAGACGGUGAUAACGACAGCGGGGGGAACCCCAUCGACAGCGCCCAGAUUCAAAUUCCUGCACGGAUCCCGGCAGCAAUUAGAGGAGAGGCUUUCGGACGGCACUAGCAGCAUCCAGCAGGAGAGCAAUUCGUCUUGAUGUUGAACUCCCAAAGCUAAGGCUUGCAGGACCGUCUCUACAAACUUAUUUCGCGUGGAGCAGUUAAUUUGAAAGGAUUCAGCAGAGGAAAAGAUUGAUAUUGGCCUGUGGCGAGGAAAACUUAGAACGUUAGCUUGGCUAAAUUUGAACAGACCGAUCGAUUAAAAGCAUAAGGUUGUUGAAGUACGAAUAUUUAGCGAGUUGUGGAUACAAUAACUGUAUUUUUGUAAAAAAUAAUUGCUAAUUUACGUAUUAGCUUUUUGUCACAGAAAAAAUGAAACAAGUUUAGAUUGGAAAGUGCCCAUAAGAACAAUGUAAAUACUAUUUAGCGCUAUUCUUGCAACAGUCGCGACCCAAAGCUUUUGAUAAUUUCGGAGCGGUUAGGCUUUUUCCG